CACUAAUCUUGUCUUUUAAUACUGAAACAUGAAAUUUUUAUAUGUUCAGAGUCAUUUAUUAACUCGUCUAGCUAAAGUUUAUGAAGUCAGUAGGAUUGUCGGCACGCAAUUUCUCUGUCUUGCUCUCGAAGUCUCAAAACGGAGUACCCAACAAAGUCGUGAAAUGGCGGGAAUGAGUUAGUCCGGCGGGUAGUCGAACCAAUUGCUUAGCUUUAUCCAGGUCUGGAGACUAGAGUAAUCAGCCAUGGCCUUAGUUUUAAGUUCUCCAUCUCCGCUAGCUCCACAACCUUCCUGGUUCACUCCGAAAAGGUUGCUUGCAAUUUUCUGCAUCAUCAACUUGCUAAAUUAUGUGGACCGGGGAGUUAUAGCUAGCAAUGGUGUCAAUGGGAGCCCUGGAAGUUGUAGCGAAGCUGGUAUAUGCUCAUCUGGCACUGGAAUUCAGGGCGAGUUUAACUUGAAUAAUUUCAAGGAUGGCGUCAUAUCAUCUGCCUUUAUGGUAGGGCUACUUCUAGCUUCACCCAUAUUUGCAUCCUUAGCAAAAAGUGUAAACCCAUUUAGGCUUAUUGGAGUUGGAUUGACAGUCUGGACUUUAGCAACUGCUGGUUGUGGAUUUUCAGUAAAUUUCUGGUCAAUUACAAUAUUCCGCAUGUUUGUAGGUGUUGGUGAAGCUUCUUUCAUCAGUCUUGCUGCUCCUUUCAUUGAUGAUAAUGCCCCAGUUGAGCAGAAAUCAGCAUGGCUUGGAGUGUUUUACAUGUGUAUUCCAACGGGGGUUGCCUUUGGCUAUGUCUAUGGUGGACUGGUCGGAACAUAUCUCACAUGGCAUUGGGCCUUUUGGAUUGAAGCAGUAUUAAUGCUUCCCUUUGCUAUUUUAGGUUUCCUCAUGAAACCAUUACAAUUGAAAGGGUUCUCUCCCACGGGCUCAGAAAAUGUGCUGACUUCUGCAAAAACUGCAUGCUUAAGAGAAGAAGUUACUUCAACUGGUAAAGAUGGUUCCAUUGAUGAUGCCUCUAAAGCUUUCAGGUCAAAAGGUGUUGGUAGUAAUGCAGGUCAUUUCAGGAGAGUUUUGAAAGAUAUGGGAUCUCUUUUGGGUGAAAAGAUUUAUGUUGUCAAUGUUCUAGGAUAUAUAGCAUAUAAUUUUGUGAUAGGCGCAUACUCCUAUUGGGGACCAAAGGCUGGUUACAACAUAUAUCAAAUGAGCAACGCGGACUUGCUGUUUGGAGGCAUUACAGUUGUUUGUGGAAUAUUUGGAACACUAGCUGGUGGCUUUGUUUUGGAUCUCAUGACUGCCACACUACCCAAUGCCUUCAAGCUUCUCUCUGUAGCAACGUUUUUUGGGGCAAUAUUUUGCUUUGCUGCCUUUUGCUUUAAAAGCUUAUAUGCUUUCAUAGCUCUCUUUGCAAUUGGAGAACUGCUAGUGUUUGCCACUCAGGGGCCGGUGAAUUAUGUGUGUCUACAUAGUGUGAAGCCAAAUUUGAGGCCAUUGUCCAUGGCUAUAUCUACUGUAUCAAUUCACAUAUUUGGAGAUGUUCCUUCAUCUCCUCUUGUUGGGGUUCUCCAGGAUCAUGUAAACAAUUGGAGGAUUAGUGCUUUGGUUUUGACGUCUGUUCUGUUUCUAGCAGCUGGAAUAUGGUUUAUAGGGAUUUUUGUUCAUGGUGUGGACAGAUUCUAUGAAGAUAGUGAAGAACAGUCAAGCACAACAUCCCUCCUUGAGGAACAUAUGGCAGAAAGAGUCGAAUCAUCUGCAUCGCCUUAGUUGCUUUUGAGAAACAAAAUGCCAAGCAAAUGCAUACUUUUUCAUAGCUUCUCGCAAGCAUGUAAAUAUUCAUCAUCAUCAUUGGUUUUGGUAAAAUUAAAAUUAAUAUUAUAAUUAUUAUUUUUUAUCAUUACUGUUAUUAUUAUUUUAUAAUAAUAAAAGCGUUAUUGUUUUUACUCAUUUUCUCCAGUCGCUUGAUUAUUUUAAAUUAAUU